AACGGUGACUCUGACUUGGAGGAUGACGAGCAAUCAGACGAAGAAGAAGGAAUCCGAAUCGAUGACGAGAUAUAUAUUCCACCGCCUCCACGCAGAAUGAGCCAAAUCAGAAAAAAUGGUGCUCGUCUUAUAAUUUCCAAGAUAAGAAUCACGAAUUUUAAAAGUUACGCUGGUAAGGUUGAACUUGGACCGUUCGAUAAGCAUUUUUCAGCCAUCGUCGGUCCGAACGGUAGUGGAAAGAGUAACGUUAUCGACGCGAUGCUCUUCGUCUUCGGAUUUCGCGCAUCUAAGAUCCGUUCAACAAGUGUCGGCGUUUUGAUUCACAAUUCCGCUGAGCACCCCAAGAUCACGAGCUGCAAAGUUUCUAUAUACUUCGAAAAGCGACGCCUGCGGGUGGUUGAAGAACAACGCGAUGAAUUGCGUGAACUGAUGAAGGAAGCUGUUCAGUACUUGAAGAGGGAAAAUGUUAUUACUGAAUUAAGAAAUACCUAUUUUCAGGUCAAAAAGUACGAUACGCUACAAGAGGUAAAGGAUAAAGAAAAUGCAAACCGCGAAUUCGAGGAACAGCACGCGAAUUUGAUGGAAGAAAUAAAAAAUGUGAAGAAAAACUUCGCUGAGAAGACUGGCGAGUACGACGAGAAGAAUAAAAAAUGGUCGGAUGUCCAACGCAGAAAAGAUAGGAUUGACCAGCGGUACCAAGAACUCAGUACUCAUGAUGAAAAUUUACACAGUCAGCUCGUCGAAGCAAACAAGCGUCGGAAGGAAAAUAAAGUGAAGAUUGAAAAAGAGCUAGAGAAUCUGGAGGAGCUUCAACGAGCGCCGGAGAAAAAUGCUAAAGAUAUUGAAGAGUGCGAAAAUUUUAUUGAGAAACAGGAGGUCAUUUACGAUCGCGAGAAACGCGAGCUCGAGGAAAUUACUCAAGCAAUUCAACAGAAGACAGAGCCGCUCACUAAAGAACGUGAAGUCUUCGAACGACAGAGGAUGAAGUUUACCGAAGAGUUGAAUCAAGCUCGCGCUGCUUUAAAUCUCGCGGAAACUGAGCUCAAUGUGUAUUUAUCGAUGGAAGAGACCGAGCGGGAAGCGUUAGAAAAAGUUACCGAUGAACUUCAAACAGCAACACAGAAAAUUCAAGAAUACGACCGAGAGUUAAAGAGCUUAGAGAAGAAACUACCGAAGACAGAGGAGACUUUUGAGAAAGCUAAGGACAGGUUGAAGGUAGUUAAGGCUCGAGAGGCUGAAUUGAGUGACAAGUUGACUAAGUUGCGAGCGACAUACAAUGAACAAAGUCACGCGAUGAACAGCAACAAGUCAAGAAAUAAAAUUUUAGUGGCUUUGAUGGAGGAAAAAAAUUCUAAAAGGAUUCCGGGGAUACUGGGUCGGCUUGGAGACCUCGGGGGUAUCGACGCGAAGUAUGACAUCGCAGUCUCUACAGCUUGCGGACCGCUGGAUAAUAUUGUUGUAGAUACCGUGGAAACCGCCGAGGCUUGCAUUAAUUUUUUGAAGGAAAAAAAUAUUGGUAGAAUGACUUUCAUUGCUCUGGAGAAGCAGCAACACUUGGUGGAACAGAUGAAUAAAGCGAUUAAAACUCCAGAGAAUGUACCUAGGUUGUUUGACUUGAUACAAGUCAAAGAUCAGCGAGUGAAACCGGCGUUUUAUUUCGCUUUGAGGAAUACUCUGGUCGCGCAGGACCUGGAGCAGGCCACCAGGAUUGCUUACGGAGAAAGAAGAUAUCGUGUGGUAACUCUCAAGGGUGAGUUGAUUGAAACUUCCGGGACCAUGAGUGGAGGAGGCAUUCGUGCAAUUUCAGGACGCAUGGGUCAGAGUGUAAGAACAGCUGAGGUCAGUCCUGAGGAUCUUGAAAGGUUGAGAAAGAAGUUGGAUGAUGUUUUCAACGAGUGCAAUACGCUGAGAGCUCAGCAACCAGCUCUGGAGGAACAGAUCAGGACUCUGUCAACAGAACUCCAGGAGAUGCAGAGGAAUAAGGUCCAAUUUUCGUCUCAGUUUGAGAAAUUCAAGGCCUUGGAGCUGGAGUUGAAGAAAAAGUUGAAACUUCAGGAAAAUAAAGUCAAGAAGGCUGUUAUUGAUCCUAAGAAGGUCGAGCAAUUGACAAAGGCUAAAGAUGAGAUGCAGGAAAAUUUUGAAAUUGUUAACAGCAAGUUUCAAAAGAUUCAGGAUAAAAUUGAUAAAAUUAAUAGUAAGAUAAAUGAAAUCGCGGGGACUAGGAUUAAUGAGAAGAGAAAAUUAAUAGAUAAUCUUAAAGAGGGAAUUGAGAAGGCCAAAAAAGAAAUCACCCGGUUGAAAGUUGCUUCUAAUGCAGCAAAGAAAAAUGUUGCUAAAAUAAAACUAAAAAUUGAGGAUCUGGAGAAUUCGAUUGAGCAGUGUGUUAAGAUUAUUACUGAUGGCCAGAAGGAGAAGGCUGAGUUGGAGGAAGAGGCCAAAGAAUUGAAACAGAAGCAAACUGAGUAUCUAGAAGCCUUGCGGGAGCGAGAUCAAGUUCUUGAGGGGCUAACUCAAGAAAUUAAAGAGCUCAAGUCUCAAGCAGAUGCUCUUAAGUUGAGUAAAAUAGAUUUGGAUUCGAGGGUUGAUGCUAGUAGGAAAGAGAUCGCUGAGUACCAAAAAAAAGUUAAGGAUUAUGAUGCUAAACUGGCGGCAUUGAAGUUAAACAAGAUUCCAGAACACGCGGAAGAGGCUUUAAAAGAAUUUACUGAUGAUGAGUUGGCCAACUUGGACGCCAAGACAGUGGGAGCAAAUUUGGCUGCAGCGAAAGAAAGAUUGCCUAAAGAGAUGCCGGAUCUGAAGAAUAUAGAGGAAUUUGAAAGAGUAAAUCAACGAUAUUUGAAGCGUGCGAAUGAAUUCGAAGAACUAUCAACAGCUAAAAAUGUGAUGCGUGAUCAUUACAACUCGAUAACAAAAAUGAGACGCGAUGAAUUCAAAGUUGGGUUUGAUAAAAUCUGUCAAUCGCUAAAGGAACUCUAUCAAAUGAUAAGUCACGGAGGUGCAGCUGAUCUCGAGUACGCAGAUUCUCUGGAUCCUUACGCCGACGGAAUCGUCUUAAGUAUUAGACCGCCGAAGAAGUCCUGGAAAAACAUCAGAAAUUUAAGUGGAGGUGAGAAAACUUUGAGUUCGUUAGCGCUGAUUUUUGCCUUACACAACUACAAGCCUACUCCUCUCUACUUCAUGGACGAGAUAGACGCGGCGUUGGAUUUUAAGAAUGUUUCUAUUAUCGCGAACUAUAUUCAAGACUCAGCUGAAAAUGUCCAGUUUACCGUGGUCAGCUUGAGGUCAGAGAUGUUCGAGCUAGCCGGAACGCUGGUUGGAAUUUACAAAACUAAAAAUUCCAGUAAAUCGGUUACCGUGGACAUGGUAGAAUUCUAUAAGUUGCACCCGGAGUUUAAAAAAAAAGAUCGCCACGACAAUCCACCGCGCAAACACGAAAAUGGUUUUCAUAAUGAGAAUAUGCCACUGACGAGUAAAAACGCAUGA